GCCUCUCCAAAGCAUCAUCCUUCCAACAUGACGAUCCUUCUAACUCAGAACCUGGGCAAGCUCCGGGGGCGAGAUAGCAACAAAGUGACCCAAUUCCUAGGCAUCAAGUACGCCACUCUCAACGACCGACUCGCAGAUGCACAACUCAUUGAAACUCGCGACGGGGACGGGGACGGGGACGGGGACGGGGACGGGGACGGGGACCUCAGCAUCAUCCAGCAUACACUGCCCAAGAAGCCUCUCGUCCAGUCCGACGUCGACUGCCUGAACUUGAACAUUGCCAUCCCGAGUGACACCACGACCGAUGCUCGUCUGCCGGUCUUUGUGUUCAUCCAUGGCGGCGGGCUGUUCAUCGGGGCCAACUCCUGGCCGCAGUUUGAUCUCGAGCGGCUGGUCGCGCUGUCGGUGUCGAACGGCCUGCCUAUUGUCGCAGUGUCCAUCAACUAUCGACUGGGCAUGUUCGGGUUCAUGACCUCGGAGGAACUGCGGAACGCCGGCUACAAGGCCAACAAUGGCCUGCGAGACCAGCGGGUGGCUUUGGCCUGGGUGCGUAGGCACAUCGGUGACUUCGGAGGCGAUCCAGACAACAUCACUCUUGCUGGAAUGAGCGCUGGCGCGGCAUCUGUCGCCUGUCACCUCGAGUCCGAAACGCCUCUUUUCAAACGAGCCAUCAUGAUGAGCGGAAAUCGCUUCUUCUCGCCCAGCCUAUCCUACGAGGCUCACGAGCAGAAAUACGAGCAGGCAAUGGCAGCAUUGGGCUUGGCGGAUGCCUCACCCGAAGAACGAAUCGGUGCCUUGCUGAAGACUCCUGGGGAAGAGUUGGUCGCCAAGGUCCCACCGUCCAUCAGUCCGACGUUUGCAGUGGAUGGAGAUCUGGUUCCAUCCGCGGUAACCUACACCCAGCUGGCGGAUAGAACCAACCACAUCCCCAAAGGCAAGGACUGGUGCCAGGACUUGAUGGUUGGUGAUGCCCAGAUUGACGCCAACAUCAUCCAUGCCAUUAGGUCUGAUCUCAAGACCGGAUGCGCUGAGCGUUUCUUCAAGAGUCUUGUAGCCGUCCUUGCCACGCAACCAGAAGUCGUAGAACAAAUCUCGGUCAGCUACGGCAUAACCAAGUACUUAGAUGACGAGCACGCCUUUCUUGCCAUCCUCGAGUUCUUGAACGACGUUUGGAUGUUCGCCCCCUCAUUGGCAUCGGCGCAAGGCUGGAAGGGACGCGCUUUUGUCUACUACUUCAAUGAAGGUAACCCGUGGGAGGGCGCUUGGAAAGGUCGAGCUGGGCACAUUCUCGAUCUUGCCUACCUCUUCCAGAACUUCCGUGAGUUUUUGUCGCCUGCCCAGCGAGAAGUCGGCUCUGCGAUUGCAGAGGACUUUUUCAAGUUCUGCCAUGGCAUCCAGCCGUGGCCUCCGAUUGUUGGCGGAGACCUUGAGGGUGGAUUUACUGCCCGAGUCUAUGGCCCCAGCCCUCAGGGGCCUGCGAUCCAGCAAGUCGACCAACCUUUCGGCGGGAAAAGCCAACGUCGCUCCACAGUCUUUGACCUUGGUGACAAGGUCUCUGUUGAUGAACUAUCGAGAAUCGCUACCAUGUUCACGGCAGGGCAGUAGUUGAACGACCGCCCUUGUAAAUAAUGUAACAAAUAAAAUUAUAGCUCAC